AUGGCGACUCCCUCUUCCAAACAGAAUCCAGGUGCAACACCAACGCACUUAACCUCCUCUCCCAGGCCAGCAGGAGUUCCCAUGGCCCGUCCCAUGUCACACAAGUCACCAUCGGCAAGAAGCCCCUCGGCGUCGGGGCACUUUCAUGGUGGUGGUGGGAGUCACGCACCGCUGCAUCAGUACUCUACGCCUCUUGCCGUUGCAGCCGCGGGGCUCGAUGAUCCAGUUACUUUCAGUUCGCCAUCGGCCCUCUUAGCACUUGGCGGGUACAGUGGGAUUAGCCCGUCUCCUGCAACGCAUGAGGUUCUGGUUGGGGCUGGCAUGCACGAUAGCGAUAUCCACGCGCUCGGAAUGCAGGGAUUUAAGCUUGGAAAUGCUCGCGAUAGUGAUGAAGAGCGGAGGCGACAUAUUGAGGAUGUUGUCCAGAUGUUACGGACUCGUGUUGCGGGGAGGGGUGUGUGCAGGGAGGGUAUUGAACGAUUGGGACAGCUUGAGGGAUUCGAAUCGAUUUGGCAGGAGGACAACCUCAGCAUUGCGGGUAACUUCGUCGAUUUGGAAAUCGAAUUCCAUCCGGGAAAACACACAGUGAAAGACGUGAGUUUGAAAUAUGCGACACCGGAAGCUACUGAGGGUGAGGGGAGAGAGGAGGCUACUGCUGUCUUGAGGCGGGAUUUGAUGCAAUCGCCUGAGGAGAUAGAACGGGGUGCUUGGAAAUCGCUGAAUGGGUUCUAUGAGAACCUGCGAUGGCUGGCCAAGUUGGACCGACUCAGUCAAGAAGUCAACUGCUUUGAGGCUAUCGAAGGCCUUUACGAGAGCUUGAAACGGAUCUGGGACGUGGAAAGCAGGCACUCGAAGUUUUCUGAAACCUACGAGCAUCUAUGCAGUGGAUGGGUUGGUCGACCAUCUCUGCACAGGGGAGGUCGAAUCGGAAUCAGUCUGGACUACUGGGUAUACCAAGCAAAAAUCUUGGAUGCGAAACGAAAAAGCACAUCGCCUGGCGCGAUGGUACUUGACAACGCUGACCAGGAAUUCGAUAAUCAUCAACAUAAGAUGUGGAGCGCCAUGAUCGAGUGUGAAGAGGGUUACCCGUCACUCCGCGUGUCCAAAGAUUGGGUGAACUCCGAGGUUCUGGUACCUACAGAAACCGAUGAGUCAUCCGCUCCCAAGGAAAGUGCUGCACCAGACGUCUCUAUGGUCAACUGGGCCGAGCCGCCAAUGACUACGAGCUCCGACAACCAAGGCAACCCCGAUGCCAUGGCGCUUGAUUCAGGCAUGCUGGGUUCGUCUACGCCCAAUCGCCGCUUUGUUGCAAAAAUAGAACCACCUCUUGAUGUUCCUAUCCUUGCAGCUUCCGAUAUCUACAGACAGCUGGGCCUUCAAUUACCGCAAGAGUUCAGAAUGGUGACGUACGACGGCUUGCUUGUUCCGGGAUCGUCCCCAUUGUCUGGGGCAGAUAUUAUGGGCUUUGACACUGAGGAGGCAUCGCAGGCUGACCGAAGGAAACGUCGGCUGUCUGUACAGGCGUUUGAUUCAGAAGACAAGCCCUGUAAAAAGCAACAUUGUUAUACAUUCCAAGCCUUCGAAUCAGUUGCCGGCAGGACCAUGCGGGAUAUUCCAUUUUCGCAUCCCCGUCAACUUGCGGAGAUCCUUCCGGUUCUGCGUCAGUAUGCCACGUUGGAGAAUAUGAUUCAGAAGAUCUUUGAUACCUCGUCGAGAGACCAUGACGACAAACAAGAUGGACAGGGGUCCACGAAACUCGACAGAAAGCAGCAGGCUGCGCAAUCAGGCACAGCCAACGGGAAAGGAGACGUUACCAUCCUAAGCAAUCAGGACCCAAAUGAACAGAAGCUCGACGCCUUAAUGAAGGGACUUAAUGUGGAGGGUGCGUCGACUGAUAAUGAUGCAGACGACGUCAAAAUCGACAUCACAUUGCGGACGCAACUCGGACAGGCCCCUGUGAUCAUGCUACUCUUCACGAUCAACGAUGCGGCCAUCGAAAACAACUAUCUCAGCACCUUUUCGAUCAGUUUCGAGGUUGGAUUGAACGGACACGUCACAGUCGUGGACACAUCUGGCUUGUGGGAGGAGCCGGUUUCCGGCGACGACAGGCCCGAAGGUGCAGAUACAGAUGACCAAAAGAACGAAGCGUCGGAAAUGCCGAAGAAGAUCGCCCGCGCCCUCGAGGUCUCUCAGGAUUUAGGGAUAUUGGUAGAGUGGGUUCUGCGAUGGAGACGGCAGCGGGAAAGCACGUAA